CGGAAACUCCUCUGUUGUUUUGAUGUCGGUUGGUGGUGUACUCGUUUGGCAUAAGGAGAAGCAGAACUUUUUUAGCAGUUCGUUGCUUGUGUUUUACUUGGAAGUAGACGCAGAAUGAUAUCCAACAUGCACGGUCCGAGCUGACGAGGAAAACUGGGCGCUGAACGAAGACAGACAUUGUCUUAAAACAGUGGUUAGCUGUCCUGUUCGCUGGCUAGCCGAGAGCCAGUGGCUCUGUCGUUAAAGUUUGGUUCAACAUGGAUUGUGCGGCGCUGGAGCUCGAUGCUGUCAAUUUUGCCAAAACUGCUGUAAUUUGUGACCAGAAUGCCAAAUAUAACGAGGCUGUGUUUUAUUAUAAGGAGGCAGCCCAGGCUCUCAUCUAUGCUGGCAUGGCAGGCUCCCAGCUGGAGGGGCUCCAGGACAAAGUGAGUGAAUACUUGGACCGGGUUCAAGCCCUCCACAAUGCAGUCCAGUCUCAGAAGAGCGACCCGCUGAAAUCCCGGCACCAGGUGGACCUGGAGCGGGCCCACUUCCUGGUUACCCAGGCCUUUGAGGAAGAUGAGAAGGGGAAUGAUGAUGAAGCUGUAGAGCUGUACACUCAGGCUGUGGAGCUGUGCAUUAAGACGUCGAGCGAGUCAUCAGACCAGACUCUUCAGAUGAAGCUGAAGCAGCUGGCUCGCCAAGCUUUGGAAAGAGCGGAAGGUCUUAAAGAGUCUCAGUCCAAAUCUAACUCGGCACAUACUCAGGACAGAACAGGGCCUUUAGGAGGAAAGUCCAGCAGCGCUGCCAGUUCUGCUGGACCGGUGCGUCAGUUUUUCCCGCUCGGGCCAGACUUCUCCUUGCAUGACCGACAACAGCCUCAACCAAUCAGAGCGGUCCAGUCAAGUGAGCCCCAGGGUCAGCGGUACACGGCCGAGGAGAUUGAGGUCCUCAGGAGUACGUCUACAAUCAACGGCAUUGCCUACGUGCCCUUCAUGAGUGUGGACUUAAAGGAGCGAUUUGCCUUCCCUGUACCUUUCUCAGACAAAACAGGGAAACUUGCGCUGUCACCCAAACAGAAAGCCAUCUUCUCCCGCUGGGUUCGACCAGACGAGAUCUGCAAUAAUCCCACCAUGAUCAUGUCUGUGUCCAGCUUCAGCAUCAAGCAGACGGUGGUCUCUGACUGUUCAUUUGUGGCUUCGCUGGCCAUCAGUGCAGCUUAUGAGAGGCGCUACAACAAGAAACUCAUCACCAGCAUAAUCUACCCUCAGAACAGACGAGGGGAGCCAGAGUAUAACCCCUGUGGAAAGUACAUGGUCAAACUUCACAUCAAUGGAGUGCCCAGAAAGGUGAUUAUAGACGACCACCUGCCAGUGGAUCGUAACGGAGAGCUGCUCUGCUCCUACUCCAGCAACCGCAAUGAGCUCUGGGUUUCCCUGAUAGAGAAGGCUUACAUGAAGGUGAUGGGAGGCUACGACUUCCCCGGCUCCAACUCGAACAUUGAUCUGCAUGCGCUCACUGGCUGGAUCCCUGAACGCAUCGCUAUGCACUCUGACAACCAGUCCUUCAACAAAGAAGACACUUUUCGCAUGCUCUUCCAAAGAUUUCACAGAGGUGACGUUCUCAUCACAACGGCAACGGGAGUGAUGACAGAAGAGGAAGGGGAGAAAUGGGGUUUAGUGCCAACGCAUGCCUAUGCAGUUCUUGACAUCAGGGAAUACAAGGGAAAGCGUUUCCUGCAGCUGAAAAAUCCGUGGAGUCAUCUGCGGUGGAAGGGGCGCUUCAGCGAGCGGGAUGAGAAAAACUGGACGCCAGAGCUGCUGAAAUACCUCAACUUUGAUCCCAAGACAGCACAGAAGUUUGAUAAUGGUGUUUUCUGGAUUGCGUGGGAGGAUCUCUGUCAGUAUUAUGAUGUCAUUUAUCUCAGCUGGAACCCUGCACUGUUCAAGGAUUCCUCCUGUAUUCACAGUAGCUGGGAUGGAAAGCAGGGACCGGUUAAGGACGUUUACAGUCUGGCAAAUAAUCCUCAGUACAAGCUGGAGGUCCAGUCUCCAGCAGGGGGAGCUGCUGUGUGGGUGCUGCUCACCAGACACAUCACCGACAAGGACGAUUUUGCUCAAAACAGGGAGUUUAUCACGCUGGUUGUUUACAAGACGGACGGCAAGAAGGUUUACUACCCAGCUGACCCUCCUCCGUUCAUUGAUGGCAUCCGCAUCAACAGCCCUCACUAUCUGACCAAGAUAAGGCUGACCUCUGCAGGAACACACACCUUCACUCUGGUGGUCUCUCAGUACGAGAAGCAGAACACCAUCAACUACACUCUGCGGGUGUACUCCGGGUCCAAAUUCACCUUCGCCAAGAUCCCAAACCCCUUCACUCACACUAAAAGGAUCAACGGUCAGUGGAAAGGACUCAGCGCUGGAGGUUGUGGAAACUAUAAGGACUCAUACAAGAACAACCCCAUCUACCAAAUAAACCUGGAGCGGCCCGGCCCACUGCUGGUAGAGCUGCGUGGAUCCAGGCAGUACAGUGUUGGGUUUGAGAUGGUGACGGUGUCGAUGGUGGGUGAUCCAGGACCAGCUUCCUUCCAGAAGAAGAACAGCGGAGAUUACAGAUGCGGUUUCUGCUACAUGGAGUUGGAUCACGUUCCAGCCGGCAUCUACAAUGUCACCCCCACUACCUUCCUGCCCAAACAGGAAGGACCCUUCUUCUUGGACUUUGCCAGCACUUCACCCCUCAAGGUCUCUCAGCUCCAGUGAAGAUGGAGCGCAAGGCAACAUACCAAACAGAGAAGGGCGGGAAGGCACCAAAAUGUGCAAGGCAUCAUGGGAUUUUCCAUGGGACUGUGGUUUCAUUAUGAAUGAGAUAAUGAGAGCUCCCUGAAGUUCCAAGAAUCCAGAAAGUGACUGCUGCUUUUAUUUACCGGGCCGUCACACAGUGCAACCUCUCUCGAUUUAAAUGGACAGAUGGUGGGUAUGAAAGUCUCUUUUGACUGAACAUAGAAAGCCACAAAGUUCUAUGAAAAAUGAUGCAUUGGUAAACUUUUAAUUUUUGAUAAUAAAGUUAAGGGAACAUGGAGCUUGGCAUGAAAACACAUAGGUGUUACUGUUCUGAUUAGACGUUCACUCAUCAUUGGCAUUGAUGCUUUUGGGUAGGGAUGGGGCCGAUCCGAUCCAGUAUCGGAUUCCGAUACCAACGUUUUACACGGAUCGGAAUAUUCCGAUCCAACCCGCAGACAUUUCCGAUCCAAAAGCUGCAUCUGUGCUCCAAUGUUUUCUGCUGAAAAGUUUCACAUCUCUGCCGGCUGCUCUGCUAGCUGGCUGCUAACGGUGGAAAGGAUUUCCUGAACAGGGCCGAGUUUCUCCGGCUCUCAUAAUGAGAUCCGCUUCUGGUCAAGAAAUCCAUUCCACAGUUUGCAUCCAGCUAGCAGAGGCGCUUCAUUGAGCCUAGCCUGUGGCUAACCAACUUUUAAUCACAACAUGCCCGUUUUGUGGAAAUGUGUUACACCAGAAACACCACAAAGCAAGACCGCUAAACAAUGACUAAACAAUGGACGUAUAUUAUUAAGUUUAAUGAACUAGUUAAGCACCUAGCGACGUUUAGGCUCUGCCAGGCAGCCACUGCAUGAUGCUGCACUUCCUUGCUGCUCCCAGGUUGGAGCAGCUCGGUGUUUCAGCUCACAUCUCACAUAAAACAGUUAAAUGUGCCGAGAAAACUGUAGCUAGUUUGUGCAACCGUGUCGGGUGGACGUCCAGAGGUUUGAGUACACGCGAGUAUGUUGGAGCAGGCAGCAGGAAUCACCUCUGGAGUCUUCCCCUAAUGUAUUUUUUAAUUAUAUUUGAAAGCCUAUAAUUUGUUGUCAGUAUACUUUAUCUGUGCUGAUCACAUGAAGCGACCCUUUGCAUUUUUUUUGGAGUAGGAAACGUCAGAUAAUACGUUUUUUUUUAAUCCACUUUACAUGUGGUUUACAUAUCUCAAAUUGCUACAAUUAAAAGGAUGGAAAAGACAAAACCACUGUGGAAUUUAAAAGAAAUUAAAUCAGAAGUGAUUAAAAUAAAGUUAGGUUAAAGUCGCGAACAGCAGGGAAGUUUACCCUGUAUGGAAAUCUCUCUGAGAUUUCAUAAAUAGUCCAUUUAAAACUCGAACAGAUGCAUUUGUUUUCAGGAUGGGAUUUUUCUUGUCAAAACUGUUUUCUGACUUCUUUUGUGGGUUUGCACUAAUCCCAAAUUGUAUUUUGGGAUAGGUGCUUACAGUCAUACUUGCCGGUAGAAAGGAGUUUAUUACAGCCUGUUAAAAAAAUCAACAAUAUGAUGAAAAUCACAUGAAAGCAAAAAGAGGACUAGUAUCGGAAUCGGAUCGGAAGUGAAAAAAAUGUGGAUCGGUGCAUCCCUACUUUUGGGCUUUUGUUUAGAUAUUUGUAGGUGACAUUAUUACUCAACAUGCCUACGAUGACUGUUUUUAAUAUGAAUUAGGUACCCAAAUUUGUAUUUUUUUUUUCGUGGCUUUUCCCCAGUCCACACAGGCUAAUAUAUAUAUUCAUCCAUACUAAUAUUUGGAUAAAUUCAUCUUUCACAUUUUUCUAGCCACUAAAAAGCUCCUGGCUUAAUUUUGGGUGAAGAUUGGACCCCUCUUCUUGUCAGAUUCAGCAGAUCUCAUAUUUAUUUGGUUGAGUUCCUGGGACACUUUGUAAAGUUUCAGUAGGGUUACAUCUAGUGGUCUUCCCACUGUUAGCUUGUUUUCUCCAUUCCAACACCAUUUCUGUUUGGCUUUGGGGAUCACUGUCCUGUUAGAGCCCCUAACUGUGUGCUACCUUUAGCUAGUUUGCUGUUAAUUUGAGGUUAAAUAGGCAAAUAAAUGGAGGUACUCCUCUGUCGUUAUUGAUCCAUCCACUAUGUGGUAAAUAGCAUCCUUGAGAUUUAAACUGACCCUCAGCAUCAUGCUGCCGCCACCAUGCUGGACAGUUUGAACAGUGUUCCUAGGCUUGAGUCUUCCAGACGUAUUUCUUGUCAUUGUAGCCAAAUAGUUCUCCUUCCAUCUGACAGUUUGACAUAGAUUUUGUUUUGGAAUGGAUAAAGAAGGCCAACAUUAGCCUGUUAGCUACCCUGUAAAAAUGAGCCCCGCCUGAUCUGAUGAGAAAAACGGUCAAACAUCCUGCCAGAAUUAUCUCAGGACCUCACCGAUGGUCAUUAAUUAGUCUUUGGUUUAUCUCCUGAUUGAGACAUUUAUCCGUACAAGUAAGCAGCUAAUUGUGUUGCCAUAGAGAUGAGACCACUUCACCAAAUGAAACCACAUUUGUGAUCUUGGAAAAGCUAAUGCAGUCUUUAAUGAGGAUCGAUGGAGAAGAUUUUGUUUCACCUGUCUUUCAAUCUUUGCGGUCCUCAUCAAGCCUUAUUUGUCCCAUUUUCAGUUGUUUCAAACUUGCUAAUUUGCUCUGUUGCUCUGAUUGUAGCUGGAGGCAAGUUUGACUGAGCAGCUGUUUUCCUGUUGACACUUCCUGGCUUCUGAAUAUCUGCACACAUCUACCUUACUAGUAUGGCCGGUUUUCCCGUCGUUUCCAUUUUACAAAAGUGGCUGAGAAAAAUAAGCCUCUGUCUUGAGCAAUAUUUUCUACCCAUGGGAAACAGGAAGUUGUGAAUUAAAAGGUUCUAGGCUCUUAACCUUAAAGUAACUCAUGAAUGAAAGGUUUCAAUUUGCUGGAUUUUUUUUUUCUUAGUGUGAGAUUAUCCCGCAACAACAAAAGAUGAAGGAUUUUAUACGUGGAUAUCAGGGGUGUCUAUAAAUGUGGAGGGUUGCUGUAUGUGUCCUUAAAUGGUUGCGUAAAAUGAUUGCUGAAUGUGUCCUAACAGCACAGUUUGGUUCCAAUGUUUCUAAAGCUCAUUAUUGCAGAAACACACGAGGAAGAGGUUGCUCAACUUUUGCUUCAAACAAACAAAACAUGUUUCCCUAAAUUAGUUAUCCAAUCAGUCGGCCUUUACUUAACAUGAUAAAGUGAAACCUGCUCAGAGUUGGUAGCAUCUUGUAAAGUGUUCCCACUGAGAGGCGGCUAACAAUAGAAAGUGGUUUAAAGAUGGUCACAUGGUAGAAACCAAGAUGUGGUUUUUAAACUCAGGAGCAGCACAAGGAAUCCAGCAUCUGAAAGAUGUCUGCCGUUUGUGGAGCUGAGUGAGUCCUCGGCUCUCUUUCAGACAGGUAUCACCGUACUGUACGUGCUACGGCUGAGUGUUCAAUGUUUGUCUUUGUUGCCAAGUACUCAAACUGUUAACCUUUACAGUGCUGCUCUUUUUUUUUUUCAUCGCUUCAUGUUUGCUAUAUCAAACUACAGCAGGGGAGAAAGUUAGGUUGUAAUUCUCUCUCAGCCCAAGAAUCUGCUUUUCUGAAUUCACGAUGGAAAGUUUCUUUUUGGUGUCACUGAGCGCCUUGUUGGUUGAAGAGUCGGAUCAGUGCUGCAUGACGUUAUAUCAGAUCUCACACUUCAUAAAUGAGUAAAUAUUCAAACAGCCUCCAGUCUAUUUACAACACAUGGUCAGCAGUGCCAACUUCCAUCAUUCGCAGUAAACUCACUGAAGUUUAGUGCCUCUUACAUUGAAUUCUGAUUUUAAAAAACUUUAGGUCAAAUUGUUCCCUCUGUUCAACUUUUGGUGAACGUAGUUUAUCUCAAAUUUUGGGGAGUCAGUGGCGGUCAUACUGGGAUGGCCUAAAUUUCUCCAUCACAGUCAUUGCUUGAUUCCUAAACUCCAAAAAUUCUGCUAAGUGGAUCUUGAGGUUCAUCCAAGUUUGUUUAAUUUUUAUCUUCUAAAAAGCUGAAUAUCAUCAGACAGAAUUAUUGUUUACUCAGGAAAAUGUCUGUAAAAAAUGUCAAAAUAAUGAAGAAUUACCUUAUCCCAAGGUAAUUUGUGGUUAAUAUUUUUUACAUUGCUUUUAUUGCCAAUUAAAACUCCAGAUUUAAAAGGGAAGUGCUAAAACUGCAGAGCAGCCGCAUGUAUUUCAGGAGGUUCUGCUCAGAUGAUUCUCAUGUAUCCGGUUCUUUCACAGUAAGAAGGACCCUGAGUUUUAGUGUCCAUGAAGCACUUCUUUCAGUCCGACUCAUCAGAUUCACAGAGUGCUGGACAGUGCAUCAAAUGUUGACAUUAAUAUUCACUAUACAGCACAAAAAAACAGAUUUUUGCUGACAACAAGUUGCUGCUGCUUCACAUUCAUGCUGUUGGAAGAUUUAAACCCAUGUUUUUCUCACAAUGACUUGCACUGCUGUGUGUAAACCAUGUGCAGCAGUAUGACGCAUUUACUGCAGACUGGCUGUAAAUGAGCUGUUGGCUGAUGUGUUGAAGGGUAAAAUGAUCUUUUUAAUGCACGUCUUUCAAUUAUCCAUUACAAAUAACUUUUGUUUACCUCUUUCUAAAUAAUUUAUUGUUAUGAAAACCAUUUUUUUUCUGUCUUUGUAUUUUCUCUCAUUUUUUUUACCAGCCAACUGGUUUAAAAAUGCAGCAGGACAAUCUUGUACCAGCCUGUUGUACGAAUGUUGAUGUAAUGUUUGCGGAACUUGCACUAAAUGUUGGGUAGACAGAUGUGAUGUACUCAAAAGUUUAAAUACAGGGAUAUAUUAAAUCGGUUUCUGUCUCCAA